ACGCCGGAGCGCAUUCUGUUGAGAGCAGAGCUGCGAGAGGCGAGGAGUGAAGGAUUGAAUUUGUGUUUAUAUAGAGGCGAUUUAGAAGCGAAGAAGUAAUUUUUUCGGGGAAGGAGGAGUGUGAAAGAGUGUGGAGGAGUGUCACGAAGUUCUGGACUGCGCUCUGAGACAGCUGUCGACUUGGUACAGUAAAAGAAACCCGUUUUUGAACUGUUUUUUUUGGGACUAUUUCCAGAUGUUUGGACUCUAGCCUUGUUUUUUGUAGUCUUGCUUUUUCUGUAGUUUAGCUGUUUACGUUAAAAUCCCUUUACACACAGCUUUAAUGUAAAAGGAAGGUGGAUGUUUAGGUGUGUGUAUAUGUAGUUAGGUGUGGGUGUAUGGUGUCUAACCUACCUACCUAUCAAAUAAUUAAUAUAUAACUUAUGAAAACAACAUCAGCAGUACCACCAGCAGCAACCACAGCAACAUCAGAAAAAUGGAGCAACCGUUUUAUCAUGACGACUCGUUUCUCUCUGCUUAUGGCCAUCCAGACGCUGCUCUGCACGACUACAAGCUCCUCAAGCAGAACAUGACGGCGGGCUUCGCUGAGCAGUACCGGAGCCUCAAGUGCCUGAGGGGGGAAAGCGACUUCUACGGGGCUGCCGCUGGAGCAGGGGACGCGGCAUCGCUCAAGCUCGCCUCGUCCGAGCUGGAGAGGCUCAUCGGUGGUUCUGGAGGAGGCGGAGGAGUUGUGGGUGGUGUGAUCACCAGCCCGAGUACCGGUGCCAGUGCUGGCGCCGGCCCUGGAGGGGUACCACUCCAGCAUCAGCAUCACCACCAAUUGUACGCUCGCACCAUUGCCGAAGACCAAGAAGGCUUCGCCGACGGCUUCGUCAAGGCUCUAGACGAGCUUCACAAGAUGAACCACGUCCCCCCACCCAACGUGGCACUCGGAGGAGCCGCCGCUGCCACUGCAGCCACCACAGCCACAGGUGGUGCCUCCUCAUGCGCCAGUGCCGCCUCCAGUGUCUUCCCGGACACUCCAGUGUACGCCACUCUCAGCAGCUGCCAUCCAAACACUAACGUCUCUGGCCUUCCACCGGCAGCCAGCGGCUACCCCACUGCAACCAUCAGCUACCUGCCUCAAUACCACCACCACCACCAUCUUCAGCAUCAUCAGCACCACCACCAGCACAACCCCCACAACAACCACCACAGCCACCACCAACCUCCCAGCCAUCACUUCCAGCACGCCGCCAGACUAGCCGGCCUCAAAGAGGAGCCCCAGACCGUGCCAGACCUGCAAGGGGACAGCUCGCCGCCCACGUCGCCCGUGGACCUGGAGGACCAGGAGCGCAUGAAGGCUGAGCGCAAGCGGCUACGCAACCGCCUGGCGGCCACCAAGUGCAGGAAGCGCAAGCUGGAGCGCAUCUCGCGCCUGGAGGACAAGGUGAAGGUGCUGAAGACGGACAACGCCGGGCUCUCGAGCGCCGCCUCGCUGCUGCGCGAGCAAGUGGCGCAGCUCAAGCAGAAGGUCAUGACGCACGUCAGCAGCGGGUGCCAACUGAUGCUGGCCCCCAAGAUUAAGACGUACUGACGAUGCUGAUAAGGUACUGAUACGGUACUGAUAAAGUAGUACGGGAGUACUGGACAGUGUUUUAUUGAUACAGGACAAUGCACUCUGAAAUGGACAGUCUGUGUUUAAGUGUGUGUGUGUGUUGCGAGGAUGCUCACACUUAAGAUGCAUACAACCCAACACAACAUGGGUGAAAAAAAAAAGUACUGGACAGUGUGUGUUGAUAAUGGACAUAAGUGCAUACUGACAUGGACAGUGUGUGUGUGUGUGUGUGUAUGUACAUUGGGAGGGACGGGUCAAAACUUGCUCUAAGUGAAAUGAUGACUUUACAAACUCUGUGUGUGUUUGAAUGUAUUGAGAAGCUUUAAACCAACUUUAAAGGUGCAAUAUAUAGUUUUUUCUUGACAACACAUGCACUGAACUCUAAUGAACUCAAAAUUAUUAUUACACAACAUUAUAAAUCACUAAAUAUUGCAUAUUAGCAACUUCGUGAGCUUUAAAACAGAAAAAAGGAAUCAUAGCUGUAAAGAAAUACUGUAUAUUGCACCUUUAAAAAGUAUGUUUGAGUGUGUAUUUGUGUGUUUGUUUGUGUAUGUUGGGGAAUGGGCUGCACACACCUAAGAUUUAAAAGUUUUAUUCACUAUAAAACAAAAAAGUAGGUUGUGUGUGUGUGUCUGUGUGUGUGUCUGUGUGAUUGAGAGAGAGAAUGCCAUACAAUGCAAAAAAACACACACGAAAAAAAAUAAUGAUGCAUUUUUUGAAUGCAACCAGUCCUGCAGCACUGAGCAUUUCAUGCAUUUUGUUAAUUGUUGUUUUCUUGUAGAAAACUUGUUUUACUUUUAAUUUUGUGUUGCUCUCUUUUGUUUUACUGUUUUAAAGCAUUUCCUUCCUUACUUUUAAAAACAAAAACAUACUUUUUGUUUGUGAGGUACUUCCCUGUGAAAUGAAAUGGGAACAAAAAAUGCACACAACAAGGUGGGAGGGGCUUUUUUUUAUUUAAAAAGAAAAGGAAGCAAGAAAAAGACCCUAAAAUAUGACCUGAUUCACAUUAUUUUUAUGUGAGUGAUAUCCUAUGAAUACAUUGCAGUAAGUUAUUGUCACUGUAUAAGUCUGUGUGUAGUAUAUGUGUACGUGUGUGUGUCUGGUUGAGCUGGACUGAACUGUAAACUGUAGAAAAAAAAUUCAUUUUUUCAUUUUUUGUUGAUUUUUCUUUUCGUAUUUAAGUAAAAUCCUUUAAAACAUUCA